AUGUCAACCAUCGAAAACGUCGCUAUCCUAGGCGCCUCAGGCAACUUCGGCACCCCCAUAACAGCCGCCCUCCUCGCCGCAAACUUCAACCUCACAAUCAUAACCCGCUCCACCUCUACAACCCCCCACCCACCAGGAAUCCCCACCAUCCGCAUCCCCUACAACCUCGAAUUUCUAACUCAAGCCUUCACAAACCAAGACGCUGUAAUCUGCGUCGUAGGUCCCGGCGGCAUACCCUUGCAAAAAACCUUCAUCGAUGCAGCUGUAGCGGCAAAAGUAUACAGAUUCAUCAUCGAUGACUUUGGAUGGGGUCUGACUGCAAAAGGGUUUGUGGAGUUUGAAGAGAUUCACAAGCAGAGAAGGCAAGGAUGGGAUCAUGCUGCCGAGAAAGCUGCAGAGAAUUCUUUGUUCACGUGGACGGGAUUGAGUACUGGGAAUCCUGUCGAUUGGAAAACAAUUGACAGNGCAAUGAAGAAAUUUCCCAUGAUGGGGUUUGAUGUCGCCGCACGGAAAGCAAUCAUCUAUGACCAAGGAAAACAAAGAUUCACCGGUACUACGCUAGAAGGCAUCGGACAAGCAGUAGUCGGAACACUCCAAACCCCUUCUGUCACAGCAAACCGGUUCCUCACCGUUCAAAGCAUCAACACUUGCCAAAAUGAAUUACUGGAAGCGUUCGAGAUGGUCACAGGAAAGAAGUGGGAGGUCUCGAGACAAUCAAGCAAAGACUUGGUCAGUAAUGGACAACAGGACUUUGCAGCCGGAAAUGGGAUUUGGAGAUUGAAAUUGGCAGUGGCAACAUUAUACGAUGUUGGACAAGGAAGAGGAAUGGUAGCCUCCUCAAGAGAAGACUCGGAUGCCGAGCUGUUGGGAGUCAAAGACGAGAGUGCGGAGGAGAUAGUCGCCAAGUUACUUCAAUGA